AAAUAUAAAUACAAGAGUGGUGUGGUGCGAUGAAGCUAGAAAUUGCAAUGAAGAAGAGGAGCACUACUAGUUCAGUUUGGGAGGUGAAUGCGAAUGCGAUUGAGAAUGGUGUGGAUGACUCUCAGCUUCAGCUUCAACCUUCAUCUUCUGCUGUUGCUGAGCUGCCUAAAGAGAAACAAGAAGAAACCCUCGUGCCUCCCAAUCCCAAUCCUAACCCCAAUCUCGCCGAUGGUUUCUAUGAAAUCGAAACCAUACGCCGUAAGAGGGUUCGCAAGGGCCAGCUCCAGUACCUAAUAAAAUGGCGUGGAUGGCCCGAAACUGCAAACACUUGGGAGCCUCUUCAGAAUCUACAGUCUGUUCCUGAUCUCAUUGAUGCUUUUGAGGAAAGUCUCAAGUCAGGAAAACACCGCAAGCGCAAGCGCAAGCAUGUGGUUCACCACACCCAACUCAAGAAGCGCUUCGAGCGUUCUACCACUGCUUACAGCCUUAGACAUUUUCCAACUCCCCUCUCUGCUGACCAAGGACUAACUAAUGCUGAUCCUACCACCCUUGCAAAACCCCUACUAACUAAUGCUGACGAAAAUGAAUAUGAUCCAAAGCUCAGUGAACUUAAAGCAACCGCAAACACUGGAGUUGAGGUAGAUAACCUUGCAAUACAUUUCCAGCAACCUAGGGUUUCAACUGCCAAUGGUCACGUGGAUGGUCAACCCCAGGUGGACUAUGUGGAACCAACUCAAAGUGGUCGCUGCAGAGGAGCAAAAAGGAGAAAAUCUGGUUCUGUGAAGAGGUUCAAGAGAGAGACAGAUCCUUGUAAGCUUGUUGAUGCGCAGAAUGGAGUCGCCAUGCCUGCUGGUGCUGCUUGUAUGGGGUAUAAUAGCCCCAUGAAGAUGGGUGAUGCCAAAACUGCCUGCAAUAUAGUCAAGAUUAUAAAGCCAAUAGGCUAUUCAGCUUCUUUAUCUGACAACAUGCAAGAUGUUUUAGUGACCUUUAUGGCUAUGAGGUCUGAUGGAACAGAAGUGAUGGUGGAUAACAGAUAUCUCAAGGCAUACAAUCCACUACUGCUAAUCAAUUUCUAUGAGUUGCAUCUCCGGUAUAGUCCUACAUCGUGUGACUGAACAGGAUAAUGAAGGGGCUUCCUUGUAGGUAGAACUUGUGUUGUUGUUAGUGAUAACAAGGUAGUUUUGUAGAUGCAGUGGAUCUUGUAGGGUAAUGCUUCUUUUUGUCAGUGUUCGACAAAUAACCUUUUAAGACCAAUUGUUUUAAAUGCCUGCAUGACUUCAUAUUAUGACAAUCAAGUAUUAACAUGAACAUGAAAACGAAAUUGUACUUUAAAUA